AUGGAUGGAUCAGCAGCAGGUUCUACUUCCAACAUUGCAAAUGCAACGAGUAUCACAACUGAUAAAAAUACUAACAAAAAAACAAGCUUAAAAAGACCGCACCCUAAUGAUGAUAAUAAUGAUAUUGAACGAACGCCUUUGAAUAACUCAUCACCAGUAAGACCUAGAAAUUUAUUCGGAUCAAAUAAUGGUGAGGAUGACAUUGUUAUACAACUAUUAACCGAGAUGAGAAACAUGCAAGAGAAUAUGAGGAACAUCAGGCCGAUACCAAGAGCUGCUCAAAUAAGCGAUCAAUCUGGUUCAGAUGAUGAAAAUGUUCCUGAUAUGGUUGAAAUCGGAAGACGGGGUAGCGGCUUACAAAUAACUCGAGAGCAAUGGCGCUGUGCUAAAGCUCAAGGACGAUGUACAUCGAUGGCAACCUCGUUAUUAACAGCUCUUGUGCCAAUGAAUGUUCUAUUAACAAGUAACUGUAAAGGUGGUAAGGCUAGAAUUUGCAAAAAUUCAGAUAAUCCCCCUCAUCAUACUGCAAUACCGUCGGAAACCCUUGCUGCUAUAAAAUAUACUGUCAAGAAAAAUUUUAAAAAUACAUAUGAUGAUACGAAAAUAAAUACUGCGAUUAACGUUAAGUUAACUAGUUUGAGGUCAAAGCAACGUAAUUUUCCAAACAAUGAAGACCCGCAACAUUGAAGAUUUUAAGCCUAAGCAGCAAACCGGACAGUCACAAAAUAAGAAUUUUUUCACAGUUUUUGUUAAUUACAUUGAAUUUUUUUAUGAUACAUUUAUGAUACUUUUUUUAUGAUACUUUUUAAAAUAAUA